AUGAACUUACUCAAUGAAUCAGAAACAUCAGUGUACAUCAAUAACUCAUUAUCUAAAAGCUUUACAUCAAAAAGAGGAACCAAACAAGGUGAUCCUAUCUCUCCCACUAUCUUCGCAUUAGUGGUUGAAUGCAUGGCAACUACUAUAAUAAAUGACCGCUGCAUCAAUGGUGUAACCAAAGAAACCAUUAAAAUACUACAGUUCGCCGAUGAUACAGCAACAAUAGCAUACAACUUUAUGGACCAUUUCCUCAUGAAUGAAUGGAUCAAGAAGUUUUGCCAAGCAACCAGCGCAAAAAUAAACCAAACCAAAUGCUCGUGUAUCACUUUCAAAUGGAACACCAGAACGCUAUACACCGUCAUAAAAUCAAACGAAAGGUACCUCGGCUUUGACUUCAACAAUAAGGGUAUCAAAUCCAAAAUCAAUACAAUCUCAGACAACAUCAGAGCUAAACUAGUAACAUGGAACUCAACUUCAUCAACCUAUAUGGGCAGACUCAUAAUGGCAAAAACAUAUGCACUAUCUCAGUUAACGUUCCACACUUACAUCAACACCACACCACAACACAAUAGUAUUGAAAAUAACAUCGUAAAAUUCGUUUUCAACACAAAAUCUAAAAACUCUCUUUCACUACAAAGAAGACAAAACAACUAUAUCAAUGGUGGCCUAAACUUAUGGAACCUGAAGACAAGAGAACUAGCACAGAAAGCAUGGUUAUUCGAAAGAUACCUCCACCAAAGAGUAAGUAACACUCCUAGUUCAUAUAUAAAACUGUGGGAAGAGGAACUCAAAAACAACAACAACAACAAAACAACAACAAAACAAAAUCAACUACAACUACACUGGCAAUGCAAGCAAGCAUGGACCCAAUUAAAAACUCCACAAAAUAAACAAACACAUUACGAACACCUCCCAAAAUUAAAAAAAAUAUACGAAGAUAUGAUGACAACUCAAUCUCCUGAACACAACAAAUUCAUACCAACUCCUGGCCAAAAAGAAAUAAUGACCAAAAUUAAUAGCAAACACCUUCCAUUUAAAGAAAUCAAAAAAAUAAUAAACAUGAAAGGUAGAGAUCUAUUAUGGAGAUACACACUGAAAGCACUACCAAAAAUAUACAACAUGCCAUGCCAACAGUGUGGGGAAGAUGAGACCUCAGAACAUAUAUUCUUCAACUGCAAAGCCCACAUCAAAAACACACAAGAAAUCUUCAACUACACCCUAACUAAGUGUGGACACACCACUCACACCUGGAAUGUGAAGAUUUUAAACCAUCUACAAAUUGCACUAGUAGCCAAUUUAAUAGCUAUUAUAUUCGAUAAAAUCUGGCACAAAAGAAAUAAACUCAUUCACGAUGAAAAAGAAAUAAUAAUUCACAGACAACAAGUCAUACGUGAACUAAUUAAAACACAAAGAGCUGCAUGGGACAGGACACAAGCGGUUAUAAACAAAACAUUAAGAAUCAAAUCAAAGCAACGGCCAGAAGAACAAAAUAAAUUAGACUCACUAAUCUCGCUAAAGCUAUUACAAUUUAGCAGACAAUGGAACUCACCUCUUCACGCAAUAGAACUUCCUAAACAUCUCAAAAAAUACAAUAAUUCACUCAGUACUUUCUAUAAAUAA